CUUGUAUUACCAACGACAACAACAAUCGUUGCGCUUAUUGUCACUAGUAUAGCAAUACUCAUUGGAGCCUUUACAUUUUUAGCCAAUAAAGCGAAAAUGUUACGUAAUCCACUUCAAGCUUGGAAUGAAUUGAACAGACCGAUUAUACGACAUUUUCGUCCAUUGAUUUAUUCAUAUUUUAUCGAGUUUAAAAAUCC